AUGUGCACAAUCGCAAAACAGAACCGAGCGUCGCUCAGUGCCUACACCCCUCUUUAUGUGACCGACCUCCCUUUCUCCCACCAGCUUUGUGCACCUCGCAAUCUAUUAUCCUUUGCCUCACCUGCUUUCCCCCUCCCUCCUCCCUGCUUCCCCCCUCCCUCCUCCCUGCUUCCCCCCUCCCUCCGCCCUGCUUCCCCCCUCCCUCCGCCCUGCUUCCCCCCUCCCUCCUCCCUGCUUCCCCCCUCCCUCCUCCCUGCUUCCCCCCUCCCUCCGCCCGGCUUCCCCCCUCCCUCCGCCCUGCUUCCCCCCUCCCUUCGCCCUGCUUCCCCCCUCCCUCCUCCCUGCUUCCCCCCUCCCUCCGCCCUGCUUCCCCCCUCCCUCCGCCCUGUUUCCCCCCUCCCUCCUCCCUGCUUCCCCCCUCCCUCCUCACUGCUUCCCCCCUCCCUCCUCCCUGCUUCCCCCCUCCCUCCGCCCUGCUUCCCCCCUCCCUCCGCCCUGCUUCCCCCCUCCCUUCGCCCUGCUUCCCCCCUCUCUCCUCCCUGCUUCCCCCCUCCCUCCGCCCUGCUUCCCCCCUCCCUCCGCCCUGUUUCCCCCCUCUCUCCUCCCUGCUUCCCCCCUCCCUCCUCCCUGCUUCCCCCCUCCCUCCGCCCUGCUUCUCCCCUCCCUCCACCUUGCUUCCCCCCUCCCUCCUCCCUGCUUUCCCCCUCCUUCCCCCCUGCUUCCCCCAUCCCUCCUCCCUGCCUCCUCCCUCCCACCGCCCUGCUUCCCCACUCCCUAUGCCCUGCUUCCCCCUCCCUAUUCCCUGUUUCCCCCCUCCCUCCUCCCUGCUUCCCGCCACCCUCCUCCCUGCUUCCCCCCUCCCUCCUCCCUGCUUCCCCCCUCCCUCCGCCCUGCUUCCCCCCUCCCUCCUCCUUGCUUCUCCCCUCCCUCCUCCCUGUUUCCCCCCUCCUUCCUCCCUGCUUCCCCCAUCCCUCCUCCCUGCCUCCUCCCUCCCACCGCCCUGCUUCCCCCCUCCCUAUGCCCUGCUUCCCCCUCCCUAUUCCCUGUUCCCCCCUCCCUCCUCCCUGCUUCCCCCCUCCCUCCUCCCUGCUUCCCCCCUCCCUCCGCCCUGCUUCCCCCAUCCCUCCUCCUUGCUUCUCCCCUCCCUCCUCCCUGCUUCCCCCUUCCUUCCUCCUUGCUUCCCCCAUCCCUCCUCCCUGCCUCCUCCCUCCCACUGCCCAGCUUCCCCCCUCCCUAUGCCCUGCUUCCCCCUCCCUAUUCCCUGUUUCCCCCUCCCUCCGCCCUGCUCCCCCCCUCCCUUCGCCCUGUUUCCCCCCUCCCUCCGCCCUGCUCCCCCCCUCCCUUCGCCUUGCUUCCCCCCUCCCUCUGCCCUGCUUCCCCCAACCUCCGCCCUGCAUACCCCCACCCUCAUAG